CAGUUUUUGUAACAAACCAGCGAAAUGGUCGUUCGCUGGAUAACCUUCAUAUUGGGGGCAGCUCUUUUACAGAGCUUAUCCGCAUUAAGCCCCAUUCCUGUACCCGAAGAUGAGUGGACCGAAUUCUGGAGAAUGUUGCGUGAUCCAUCCUACCGCCUGCCUACCACCACGCGACCAUCACGAUAUGAAAUUAACUUGACUCCUUAUUUCGAUAUCAUUACUGGUCCUAACAUUAGACCGUUUUCUUUUGAUGGCAUUGCAUCUAUAUAUAUAACAGCCACUGAGGCUAACGUCAGAGAAAUUGUAAUGCAUUGUAAUGAUCUCACAAUCCAAAGUGUGACUGUCACUUUAAACGGUGUUCAGAUAGGUCUAACUAGUAAUACAUUUGCAUGCGAGAUGCCGAGAAGCUUCUUAAGAAUAGGUACAAACGAAGCAUUGCAAAUGGGUCAGGAAUACAUUGUUAGGGUUACGUACACGGGUAAUCUCCAAACGAAUAUGCGAGGUUUCUAUAGAAGUUGGUACAGAGAUUCCACCGGGUUAAGGUGGAUGGGAACAACACAAUUCCAGCCCGGUCAUGCUCGCCAAGCAUUCCCUUGCUACGACGAGCCCUCAUUCAAAGCGCUGUUCGAUAUAACCAUCAAUAGAGAAAACAGUUUCAGUUUUAGCAUAUCCAACAUGCCGAUAAGAAGUACAGAAACCUUAAGCAAUGGAAGAAUAGCUGAAACUUUCUACACAACUCCACUGACUUCCACUUAUUUAGUUGCAUUCAUAGUGUCGCAUUACCAGAAAGUUUCAACAAAUAAUAAUUUACAACGCCCGUUCGAUAUAUACGCCAGAGAUAAUGCUAGAAGAACUGGUGAUUGGUCUCUUGAAAUUGGAGAGCUUCUUCUUGAAGCUAUGGAAAAUUAUACACAGAUUCCAUAUUAUACUAUGGCUUCAAACAUAAACAUGAAACAAGCUGCUAUCCCAGACUUUUCUGCUGGUGCUAUGGAAAAUUGGGGUCUCUUGACGUACAGGGAAGCCUUAAUUCUGUACGACCCACAGAACUCCAACCAUUUCUACAAACAACGUGUAGCCAAUAUAGUAGCCCACGAGAUCGCUCACAUGUGGUUUGGUAACCUCGUUACUUGCGCUUGGUGGGACAACUUAUGGUUAAACGAAGGAUUCGCCAGAUUUUAUCAAUAUUAUCUCACACAUUCGGUUGCACCCGAUUUGGGAUACGAUACUAGAUUCAUUGUAGAACAAGUCCAUUCCGCCAUGUUAUCGGAUUCCGUUGAUUCUGCCCAUGCACUCACAAACCCCGAUGUUAAUGAUCCCACUACAGUUAGCGCGCACUUUUCUGUUAUCACCUAUGCAAGAGGUGCUUCUAUCUUAAGAAUGACUCAACAUUUACUUGGCGAAGGUACCUUUGUUAAAGGACUACGUAAAUAUCUUGGCGCCAGAAAAUUCAAUGUAGCAGAACCACGUCAUUUGUUUGAAGCUUUGGAUGCAGCAGCAGCAGAAGACAAUGCGCUCUCGCAGUACAACGCUAUCACUAUUGAUAGAUACUUCAGAUCCUGGUCUGAAAAAGCCGGUCAUCCCGUGCUAACUGUGAGCAUUGAUCAAAGAACCGGUCAAAUGACUGUGACACAAUCUCGAUGGAACCGCGAUAAUGGAGUAUCACAAUUUCCUAGUCUUUGGGACGUACCUAUCACGUGGACCAGAGGUGCCGCUCCAGAAUUUAAUAACUUAAAACCUUCGCAAGUCUUGACAGCCCAGGUGUCUACAGUUCAAAGAGGCACGCAAGGACACGAGUGGGUUAUUUUCAACAAACAGCAAUCAGGUUUCUAUAGAGUGAACUAUGAUAACACUAACUGGGCUCUACUGACCAGAGCUUUGCGUAGUAACAACAGAACAUUGAUCCAUGAGUUGAAUCGUGCUCAGAUUGUCGAUGACCUAUUUGCCUUCGCUAGAGCUGGGGUCAUGCCUUACAAUAGAGCUUUUAAUAUUUUGUCGUUCUUGAAAAUGGAAGAUGGUUAUGCGCCAUGGAUUGCUGCUAUUACUGGUUUCAAUUUUGCAGCGAGUCGAUUAUCUUACAAUAGUACCCAUUUGCAAAGAUUGCAGAAAGAAAUAAUAAAUCUGAGUACCGCUGUCACAGCGCGUCUUGGUUAUUCGGAAGUUAAUAGUGACACGUAUAUGGAUGGUUUGCUUCGUAUGUACGUCAUGACAUUCCUAUGCAAUAUGGGUCACCCUGAAUGCACAGCAGCAGCUAAACAAAACUUUGCAAGCUGGAGAAGUAAUACAUUCUUACCAGCGAAUAUGCGUCCUUGGGUUUACUGCAGUGGUCUUAGACAAGGAACUGCAGCAGAUUUCGAUUAUUUCUGGAAUAGAUUCCUUAAUGAAGACCUCGCUAGUGAGAUUGUUGUUAUGAUACAAGCAGCUGGAUGUACGUCCGAUAGAAAUAGCUUAGAAAAAUUCUUGGACGCCUUAGUAUCGAACAACGAUAUUAUCAGACCACAAGAUUUUAGUACUGCUUGGAACUCGGCUGUGUCCGGCAAUGAAGAAAACACUCUAAUAUUAUUAAACUGGCUCCAAAGAAAUAUAAAUCUGGUUAUAACUAAUCUUGGAAGUGCUGCUACUCCCAUUAGCAAUAUCGCUAGUCGCUUACGCAACGACGAACAGAUUAACGAUUUCUUACUUUGGUUGGAACAAAAUCGUGAGAUUCUCGGCAAUGAUUAUAACGUCGGAAUAAAUGGAGUUACCACUACUAGGAACAACCUUGCGUGGUCAACUCGUCGUGUGACUGAAUUCCUGAAUUACUUUGACACUGGUUUCGUUGAAGAUGAACUUGACGAUAUCACGGAUGAAGACGGUGGAACUGAAGAUGGUGGUGAAGACGGUGAAGAUGGAGAAAAUGAGGAUGGCGCUCCAGACUCCGCUAACAUCGUUACGCUAAGCAUUGUAACUUUGGUUACAACAGUUGCUAUAAGCUUAAUGGCUUAA